AUGGAGCAAAAUCAGUUUGCGUCAAAGGAGGAUGUUGAUGUGAUAAAGAAUCAGUUGGACCAACUCGUGGAAGCUAUGACAGCCUUGGCAAGGAGAGAUGAAAACGUUCAACGGACGGUAAGAACUGAGAACGGCGUUCCACCUCAAGUAAACAAUCUUGCCCAAACUCACCCUGUACAGAUCCCUGUCGAGGACCAGAUUAUACAAGAGCGUCCCAUUGUCCGAGACGGACACUCCUCUUGUGAUGCUAUUGAGUAUCAUAGUUUUGCAUUCUCUGCACAAAAUUCCCAAGGGGCGGUCCCAGUGAUGAAAACCAAGGAUCUACAAGAUGUGAAGGUUGCUGAAAGAUUUCAGGUGUUAGAAGAGAAGCUUAAAGCCAUAGAAGAGCAUGAUGCUUUCGGUCUGAAUGCUUCAGACAUGUGUUUAGUGCCUGGCCUGAUAAUGCCUCCAAAGUUCAAGACACCUAAUUUUGAAAAGUACAAAGGGGAUAGUUUUCCAAAGCAACAUUUGGUGAUGUUUUGCAGAAGAAUGACUUCCUAUGCUCACAAUGAUAAGCUGAUGAUUCGUUGUUUUCAGGACAGUCUCAGUGGAGCAUCACUGAGUUGGUACAUACAGCUAGAAAAGUGCCACAUCCAAUCAUGGUCAGACCUGGCUAACGCCUUUUUGAAGCAGUACAAUUACAAUUUGGACAUGGCUCCCAGCCGUAUGCAGUUGCAAGGUUUAUCUCAGGAAAGCAACGAAUCCUUCAGAGGAUAUGCCCAAAGAUGGAGAGAAUUAGCCGCUUAA